ACAGCUGUCAAAGUGGGCAAAGCAAAGCGAAAAUUUUUUUCUAGCGUCUGUUUUUUAUACACAAAAGUUUAUAUAUAAAAAAACAAUUUAUCGUAUAUAAUGGCGCCGCCGCCCAAAGUAGCUGCGGAGCAAGGCAAUGCCAGUGCACGCAGCAGCAGCGGCAACAGCAUCAACAACAACAAUUCGGUGGGCGGGGCAACCGGCGCCGUGCCCAAACAACAAACGCCCACAAACGGAGCACCCUCUUCCGGAGUAACUGCGUCCGCGGCAGGGAGCAGAUCGGCCCGCUCUCGCCGACAGCAGGAGCAUCUGGGCGAACCGGACUUGGACUUUGUGGAACCACUGCAGCACGAGACUUUGAAAACACUGAAUGAUCUGCUUCAGCGAGCCCGCAUCACGAACGGCAAGAAUCGAUCUCCAGCAGAGCAGCAGUUGUCUACCAAGGAAACCAGAUCACCAGGACAGCAAAAGCAGCGCGACACACUGAGGCAACUGGCCGCCGAGCAGAACAACUACGAUUCAGCUGAGCAAUUACAGGAACAGCAGCAGCGCUACCGAUUCCCCGUGCGUCCAGUUCAGAGGGUCCAGCAUCAGCCAUCCUCGUCAUCGUCUGCUGGUACAGGCGCCCCUGCACCUUCGUCAGCCUUGCUGCGACUGCGUCAGUCGACGCCCCCGAAUGCGACAGUAGGCGUGGUCAUACCAAACGCAACCACCAGCAACGGAAACGGUCACUUGAGUGGCAACGAGGAGCAACCGCCAACUCUGACCGCCGCAGGACUGCAACAACUCGUUCACCGCCUCUUAGGUGUGCAAUCACUAGGCCCCAGAAUCGAAGCAGGUCGCUCCCAGGUUGAGGUGUUACGUUCCCUACUGGAGUUAGACGAGAACCUAAACAGCAGAAGACAACAGUCGAGUGCAAAUUUAACAGAGCAAAUCAACAGUAUGGUUCACGAAAUAAACCCAACCGAGCAGGACGAGGGCGUAGUCAAUUCGACCAGCCUGGAGGAUGUCGCAUUAAGCGAGAUGAGCGACAACCGCGCCCAGUCCAUCCAGUCCCUGCACAGCGUCCUGGAGACACCAACACCUGAUACCACGCCCAGUUUCGAUGAGCUGCAGCAGCGCCUGGAGGCCUCCAACAGGAACAUGCAGCACCUGCAGGACGAGCAGGCCAAGCUGCUGCACAUCCAAAACCUGGCAAAGUCCCACCUCAGCGAAAUGGAGCAGCUGCGCCAGCAGGCUGACCGUCUGCCCCACAACAGCAAUGGAGGAGAGGCGCCCAAGUACGAGUCCGUGCAGCAGGUACAGGAUGACAUGGCCUCGCUUGUGGGGCGCAUGAAGAAUCUCACCGCCUUUAUCCACAACCAGAACGAACUGAGCACCGUGCUAGGAGACGAUGGUCCCGAGAUCCUGGCCGAGCAGCAAGCGCUCCAAGAGAAAUUGGAAUCGCUGCGCACUCAGCGUGAGGAUAUGCGCAACCUGGUGGAUGAAUUGAACAGCAUCAACCGCACGGCCAGGGAGUCGGCAAGAGAAACAGCAAGAGUAAUCAAGGAGGAGACUCCCACGCCUCCGGCAAAGCCAGUUCCGGUUCCAGUUGCAGCUCCAGCUCCAGCCAAGGAGCGAGUGGUUCCUGUUGAGUACCAGAGAAACGUGCCAAUCAUGCGUCAAGAAGCAGCAAACGCAGCCCAACGGGCACUCCAUGCUCAGGCGAUGAUCAACCAGAAGACGGCGGACAUCGAAGCACUCAAGGCGCAGAUGGCCAGACUGAAGGGCAUGCUGAACACGGUGACACAGAUCGAGGAGAGCACGCCCAGCAUGGGUGGCUCACUGGAGCGACGUAGUGAGGAGAGGACCAGUAUGGAAAAGGAGUUGCCGGAGGAGAUUGCCCAGCGCGUAUUUGCUCUAAACGAUGUCACUUCGGAACUGCGUGCCGAGGCAGCCAGUUUGCAAAAGGAACGCGAUCGUAUUCUGGCUCUGAAAGCGGAAAUCGAACGCCGUAAGCAGCAGGCAGCCGCAGCAGUUCAGAUGGGCGAGGAAGCUCUAAAGCGCAGCAGUCUUACUCCCACUCCCACGCCCAUGAGACAGCAACAGGUGGCCGAGGAUGAGGAUCCCUCGGAAGUGGAUACUACCUCACUUCAGGCCACACCGACCAAGGAACAACUGCGCGACGAACUGCGACUGCAAUGUGAGCGAUUGCGCAAGGAGUACGAGCAGAAGCAGCGCGAACUGGAGCAGCGAUAUGUGGCCAGCAAUAACACCACCUCGGAGGCGGAUGACGAGGGCAACGACGACACCGACAGCGAUAAGUACUUCGCCAACGUACGUACCGCUUCUUCGGCGACGCUCAAGCGAGCUGCAUCCGCCAGCACGGUGGUGGAACAGCGUCGCGGUCAGCAGACCAAUUUGCCUUCGCAGCAAGCCCCACCUCCGCCAGCUCCUCCAUCCACGCUCCUUGAAGACGAUUUGAACGUGACCCUGGACACUUUGUCGCUGGGCAACGACAGCCUGCCCUCGAGCAGCAACAGGUCGCAGUACAUGCCGCCACCAAUGCCACCAGUGCCGGGAAUAUGGGCAUCUCACAACUCUGGUAAUUCGUGGCACGGGCAGCAGCCGAUCUAUGGACAGGCUAGCUCCAGCACCGGCACAGAGUUCAAGCAACCGCCGACAGCCGCGCAAGUGGGAUCCUCAAAUGCCUCCGGAUCGAAUGCAUCGGCGGACGCUGUGCUGCUGCAGCAAUUCAUGCAGACGCAACAGAUGCUCAUCAACUCGGUGUGCCAGUGCAACCAGACGUUGUGGCACCAGCAGCGGGAGAUCGACAACCUCAACAAUCAGCUUCAUACGCUCCAAGAUCGCUUCAAUGUGGUGGCUUGCCAGGAUCACAGCUUUGGCUUGAGGUCAGAGUCUGUGCCGCCUCCCAACCUUCCGGGCAUGGGUCAGAUGCCCAACAAUCUGUGUCUGGGCAACAGUCGCGCUCAGUCGGAGCAGCUCUUCAACUUUGGGGCCCACCAGAGCGCCUUUAGCAACUACCAGCGCAGCUGUCACCGCACCGGAAGCGAAUCGCAUCAUCACCAGCAGCAGCAACACCAACAGCAGCCGUUUCUGAACAAUGCCGCUCCACCGCCACCGCCGACGCACUACAACAACGAGACACCGCUGUCGCCACCCACGUACCGUUCCAGUCCGGGACCAAUUUUUAUGAACCACCACAACAACACGAUCCAUCAGAACAACUCGAAUCUGCGAACGCAGAACCAGCACGCCAACAAUCUGCACUCCUUGCCCGAGGGAGCAGCUGGCGGAGGAGCUCCCGGUGGUGGAAUUACCCUUAACAACCAAGUGCCACCUGGAAACCGGGCCAACAACUACUGGGACAACUUCCGCAGCCACUCGCGCCAGAAUCUCCUGUCGAACAAGAGCAACGAGGAGCUGAACGUGGACCUGCAGCAGUACCGUUGCCAGCGGGCUCGUCCCAGCUACUUCCAGCCGCCGCACUUGAUGCCACCGCAGACGACUCGCAGUGGCUUGACCCACCAACAGCAGCAGCAGCAGCAGCGUCGCCACUUUUUCGAAUCGCCACUAACCGCUUUGCAUGGCAGCACCAGCAAUGGCAGCAAUAACCUCAACAACAGCGGCAGUGCGGCAAGGAAACGCGACUGGCGCGAGGAUCAGGCUCGCAAUCGCGACCACGACGAUGAGGAUGUGGACGAGGUGGAGGAGAACCAUGACAACAUUAUAUUCGGCUCAGGGCGACGUCGGAAUCGUCGCCGCCCGCAACUUUCAACGCUGCGCGAUGAGGAGCCGGAGCAGCCAACUUCCUCGAAUCUCAAUAUGAACGUUAACUACGGCAACAGUCCGCUUUAUCAGCGCAACAAGGUGCCAGCUAAGCCCACCACAUCAACGGUUUCUCUGACUCCUCUCCAGCAGCGACACCUUCGCUUCGACUUUGAGCUCCCUGCUCACUAUAUGGACUACAUUGAGCUGCCCCAGAUAACACCGAUGGACAAUACUCCCAUCCUCGGUCAGGAGCCGUCGCCAGCGGACGAGUCCAAUGUCAUGGAGCAGACCGAGGAAACAGCCUCCGAGGAACUGAAUCGCAAUCUGCUGGUCAAUGCGCUCAAGAACGACAAGUUCACCACAAAGUUUUACGAGUCCAUCAAGGAGGAUGUCUACCGCCGACUGGAGACACUUUUCGAACAGCAGCAGCAGCAACAACAGCAGCAACAGAACCAACAGCUACAGCAAUCACAAGAGCCGCACAGCCUGCGAAAGGCUCUCAACCAGGAGGAGAUCGAGCCAUCGGAAGAUGCGGAGGCCACAGAAAGUCGCAGUGAAACGCCACUGGAAGUGAUGCGUUUGCAACUGGACAACGAUCGGCCCGAGGAUGAAAAGGCGUCGCCAGUGAAGCAGCUGACUGUGGUCAUUCCCCAGAAUGGUCAUGACCUGGACGAGAUGGAGGCCACUGCUUCGGCGGUUGCUCCUGCUGUAAGAUCGGAAAACGAACAGCAAGUUAUCGAGGGGAAAGUGGAACAAGACGAUGGCUCUGGAGCAGGAGCCACCGUGGAACUAGCCCCGGACCACGAGCUUAUCGAAUAUAUUAUCAGACGCAUACGCAACCAGACGCACAAUAACACCGUCAUAAAUGAUUCCUUGCUGGCGGAAGUCUCCAAGUUGACGGCCACUGCCGCCCAGAAUUCGACCGCCAGUUCGCCGCUCAUCUCGCCCAAGCGCAUUUACGCCAAAAUCAAAAAGAUGGACAUGCCGCGGCAGCGUGACGAGUUUCUGCUCUGGUACCGCUCCUAUCUCGAGCAGUUGUUCGUGGUGGAGCAGCCGCAGGACACGUGCAAAGCCAAGUCGAAGGUGCCACCUCAAAAUGCUGGUAGUCCGUCCAAGCAGACCAACAAGCGGGUUCGCGAGCAGUCGCAAUCCCAAUCGCAGGACUCAAAUAACGACGCCGAUCUGGCUGAAGCUGACCAGAAGAACGUCUCCUCGUCGGGGAAUGGCGAUCUGGAGUGCGAGAACAACGAGAAUCCCGGCGAGGAGGCGGACAACCAAGCGGCAGCAGAGUCCUCCGGCGCAGAAAAGAAGGACAGCAGCCUGGAGUAGGCCAUAGGUUAAACCAAGCAAAACAAACAUUCCUAAUCUCACAAUACAUCAUUUGUAUGGAUAUGAAAUCAUUACUCAUUUACGGCUUUCGCAGAUGUUAAAUUUUGUUUGUCCGUGUCGUUGUUCUAAGCAACCAUUUCAUUUGGCUUAUAGUUUUUUAUUUAACAUUAAAUUAUGUAACAAUUAUAAAUAUAUAUAUGUAUGUACACUGAA